AGAGAACGAAGGGGAAGAUGCCGAGAGAGGAAGGAAGGGACAGCACAGGAGGAUGAGAUGGCGCAGGGAAAGGAAAAGACAUUUAACUCAGCUAAUACAAGCCCCCAGCACCAUGGAUCCUUCUAAUCCUACCAAUUACAGAGGGGCUCAACCAUCUCCCACGGAAGGCAAUGGGCACAGUGACAGUGAACGCCGGCGACAAUUGGAGCGAUUGAGUCGAGAGGAAGCAUACUAUCAUUUCAUCAAUGACCUUAGUGAAGAGGAUUACCGGUUAAUGAGAGACGGCAACCUCCUUGGAACUCCAGGUGAAAUUACAGCAGAAGAACUGCAACAGCGAUUAAAUGGUGCUAAAGAACAAUUAACAGAACAGAAUGGACUCGGCAACCAUGAACGUGGUAGUGAAAAUCAAGGUUCUGACAUGCCGGGGGAAACCUCCAACAGUGAUUCGCUUCUGGAGUGGUUGAACACAUUCAGGCGCACAGGAAAUGCCACUCGUAGUGGGCAGAGUGGGAACCAGACAUGGAGAGCCGUUAGUCGGACAAAUCCUAACAGCGGCGAAUUCCGCUUUAGUCUAGAAAUUAACAUUAAUCACGAGCAUGAAGCCACUGGUGAUCGGUCUUUGGAUUCGCCUAUAUUGGAAAGUAAUGCUGACACAAAUGUACGAAAUACCGAGCUACAAAGUUUGGGGGGUCCUAUUGCAAAUCACACCAGGAGUCGAACUCGAGCUCAAUUAGCUGCUGGACUGGCAAACUCUGAAAGUCAUUUAAGAGGGCCAAUGAGGGGUGGAGGAGCAGAAGCCACGGAAAGUUCUUCAACCUUUGCUCAAAGGAGCAUUCAAAGUGGAAUUGCUGAACAGCAAAGAACCACCAGGAUGUCCACUGGAAGCCAGAGAGCAAGAGGGCAAAAUAGUGUUCAACAAAGAGCUUUAGGUGUUGUCGGUGAACAGCGGGUCAGCAGGCGAAGAACGGUAUCAAGUAGCAUCAGGAUAAUCGAAGAAGAGGAACAGAGAAGCAGAAGUGAGCCUGUGGUAUUACCAAGAGAUACCAGGACUGCCGUAAGAGACCACACUGUUCCUGGACACACAGAAAGGCGCAGAUCUUCUCGGAACUUGCGAAACAGCCGAAGUCGUUCACCAUUGCGUAGAACAAGUGUCACAGUAAAUUCUCUGGACAGUUCUCUAUUCCAGCAGCAGGAUCAAUCAGACCAGCGAUCGAGUACCAGGAGGCAACGGGUCGUGGAGCAUCCUACUGUGGCCACACAAGAAACACCAGUGACAGCAAGAGACAGUCCUUCCACGCCUUCUUUGGCAACUAUGGAUGAAGGAGAUGUGAACCAUUCCAAUGGACCUUCUGUUGCUGUUCGAAGACACCCAACUAUUAUGCUGGAUCUUCAGGUUAGAAGGAUUCGCCCUGGAGAAAACCGAGAUCGAGACAGCAUUGCUAAUCGAACUCGGUCACGUGUCCGUAUGGCAGAAAAUACAGUGACCUUUGAAAGUGACAGUGGUGGUUUUCGCCGUACCAUUUCACGAUCCGAACGUGCAGGUAUUAGGACUUACGUUAGCACUAUCCGCAUUCCUCUUCGCAGGAUAUCUGAGACUGGGCUUGGCGAACCAUCCUCUGUGGCCCUGAGAUCAAUACUUCGUCAGAUUAUGACAGGGUUUGGGGAGCUGAGCUCUCUAAUGGAGAAUGAUUCAGAUUCUGAGUUGAACCAAAGAGUUCACCAACAUCCAUCUGGUAGUUCAGAUUCUGUAAGCUCACAGACCAGUGCAAACGUUAGUCUCUCCAGCCAUUUGAGAAAUGAUUCGACCACCAUGUUAACAGGAGACCAGUCAGCCGGGGAUCAAAUGGAUGAAAGCAUGCAGAAUCCUCCCCAGGCUGGUGAAAAUCGAGAGACCAGGCAAAGUCGAGACACCAAUAGUUUAGUGGAAAACGGUACCCUGCCAAUAUUGCGACUGGCUCAUUUCUUUUUGCUGAAUGACGAUGAUGAAGAGGAGCACCAGCGGGGACUAACCAAAGAACAGAUUGAUAAUCUUUUGACCCGAAACUAUGGGAACAUCAGUGCCGAGAGUGAAAUCAGUAAAACCUGCAGCGUUUGCAUUAAUGAAUACGCAGUUGGGAACAAACUCAGAAGACUGCCCUGCGCGCAUGAAUUUCACAUUCAUUGCAUUGAUCGCUGGCUUUCUGAAAACUCCACCUGCCCUAUUUGUCGGCAGCCUGUCUUGGGGUCUAGUAAUUAAUGGGGGAAAGGUUUGUACACAAGCUUCUUGUCCAUUUCUGAAACUUUAAAGCACUAAAAAUCCUGAGAGAUAGGAAUUUUUAAAACAAAUGUUAUAGAUUCUAUUAUAGAACCAUGAAAUACAUACUUCUUGCUGAAGCUUUAUUUUUUUAGACUUUUUUUUGUUGAGCUGAGCACUUUGUUGUCAUUGGAAUUAUUGGAACUGAAGAAAGUGAACCAACCUGAAGUAUAUUAUUGUACAUGAUUAAUCAUAUCUAAUACUCAUUUUUGUAGGUGCAAUUAUGAUUCUAAUGUGCUCUUUUUGUUAAUGGUAAGGGUACAGAUUAACAUAUGCUAACUGUCAUUGAGUAUAUGAAUAGAAAAAUCAUCCAGUGAUCAGGAUUAAUUUGUCCUUAUUUUCCUUAGUUGAUUAAAUAUAUAAUAAAACUUUACAGUGCUAAAAAUGAUCUUGAUUUUCUGGAUGUAAAUCCACACAAUUGUGAAGGAUCGGACUGAUUUGUCAAAGUACAUUUGCUUUCGAUAUCAUCUGAGGAGUGUUAUGCCAACCUGACUAGAGAAUGUCAUAGUGGUGAAUACUGUCAUUUGAAGUACUUAUUAUAAUAUGAUGUGGCAAUGCAAUUGGAUUCUCCCCUCCCGCCCAUGUACACAUUCUGGAGCAAUGUGAUGUACAGAUUUUUGGGGAGUCAGCCAGGUGUCUGACACAUGUAGAAUCCUACCACGUGCUUAAGAGUAUGCAAACCAAACACCCAUACCUGGAAAUUUCCCUAUGAUUGGAAUAGAAUGUGCACUCUCUCCUUAAAGGGACGCUCCUGACUUAACUAAUUUGGGAGAGGUUUAGGACCAGUUUGGCAAGAGCCAAGUUUGGAGAAUACAGAACAUCUACAGUAGUCCUUUGGCAAGAGCAAAGGCUUGGUAAUACAAAAUAUACUGUAGUUCUACAAUCAUAGACUGACCUGCUUGAGCAUAAAGGUUUUUGUCAUCUCAUGUAUAUUCUGUGUUUAAUAAUGGUACUGUAAAGCAACUUCAUAUCAAACUAUAUUUGGUGCUGUUAUUUAUUAUAGCAAGACUUGCCAGUUUAUGGAUUUUGCUAGCAAGGUGCUAUAACACCUCUCUGAUCUCUGAAAGCAUUGUUAAUAGUUGCUAAGAUUUUUAUCCUUGGGAGAUAUUGAAUGAGUGUGCAAUACAAUGACACCUUGAUUGAUCGAAAAUAAUUAAAUCUUGGAAAACUGCAGGCUAUCCUGUUGAAUGGAAAACUGACUUGCAGAGACACGUGAGAGGAGGAGGAGUACAAUUGAUCGCUAGGGAGACCUUUAUCCAUCAAACUGAUACCCGACAACUGAAUUGUUUGUACUUAUAUAAAGUUAAUGGCGCAUUAUAUUGUGCAGCAGGUACAUGUUCAUAAACAAUUCAUUCCCUCCUGUGCUUCCUUUGUUCAGAGUAUGGAACAAUUAAUCCAGCCCAUGGACAUCUAGGCUGGUGUGUUCUGCUGUUUAAUUGAUGCUGUUUGGUUAUACUGGCAUGAUUUCUUAACCUGCGGUGUAGUUUUAAUUAUUUCAUGUGCAUCUUGUCAUGAAUAAUUCUUUUUUAUGAGGGUAUAGAAGUGCCUAAUGACUUAACAAUUGCCUUUUCAUAUCAUAAAGAAGUUUGUUUUCUGACAGAUUAAUUGAAGUAGUUCUCGAAUACAUUGAAUUGUAAUUUGUGUUAACUUUUGCCAUUGGUAUAAGUACAAUAGAGAAUGAUGGUUAUUAAGUUGAAAUGUUUUAUGAUUCGCUUUUGCCUGCUGGUUGUAGCCGGUGACCAUUGCUGAGGAUAGGAUCUGUCUCAGCUACUGCAAUGGUUGCUCAGGCUCACACAUGAAUGGCAGCUCAAGUGAGAUACCAGAGAAGGCUGCCAGCUGGUGUUUAUGGAAAUAUACAGUAAGAUGGGAAAGGAGCAAACUUCAUAGUAAAUUGCGUCAAGUCAAAUGCUACUAGCUGUGAUGUGUGUCCAGGAUCCACAAAUGUUGGCUUGUAAACUGUAAAAAAAAUAGAUGUUCAAAGUUCAUAAAUUUUGUAAUCGCUGCUCUUUCUAAAAUGGCUUAAGUUCCCAGUUUUAAAAAAUGGGUUGUUAAAGCAUUUGAAAUUAAGAGGUGCCUUCACUUAAUUUGCUUGUUUGUGGGUAGCUCCUUAACUUUUAAUCAACUUUGCGACUAUAAUUAUUUAGUUUACAUGAUAAUUUUGCACACUUUUUGUUUUUGAGAACGUGAGCUCCAUUUCUGAUUUCUGCUCUCACAACCCCUCAUCCAGCCAUUUGCUCAGUAGUCACAAGUAAGUUUGUGUGGGCCUGGGGGCGAGAGGAUGGCUAGAUAAGAAGCCGCCAGUUUUGAGAAGGGGACAGGAGAGUUGAAACACCAGAGUCUGAAUGAGGAAACUGGUGGGAACUCAGAUGUCUGGUGCAUAUUAGAAAUCUGAAAACUUAAAUGUCUGCUUAGGGAUGUAGAAUUAUAUUAGAAACACUUUUUGAAUAAUGUCAAGAAAGGCUAAUUAAAGAAACGCCAGUUAGUAAAAUUAAACUUGAACUCGCUGCUUUGUAAAACUAUUCAUAAUGCUCGGUACAAUCAACAGUGUGCAUCAAAAUAGUGGAACCAUUUCACCUUCAACAAGGUUCCACUUUAAAUGAAUUACAUUUUACAACUAUUCAAAAUAAUAAUUAUAAUCAUGCCUCCUUU